AGCGGGGGGGCAGCACCGCCUCCCAGCCCCGCCCUGCAACCGCCCUAACGGCCGGAACCGUCACGUGGCCGCACUUCGGGGGCGCGCGGGGCAGAGCCGGCUACAGAAUAAUGACCACUUUCGCUCCAGAUCAUCCCAUCCUCCCAGGGGGAAGGAAAUGGCUGCAAUGGAGCUGGCUCAGGGGCUGGUGACUUUCGAGGAGGUGGCUGUGUAUUUCACCAGGGAAGAGGGGGCUCUGCUGGACCCCACUCAGAGAGCCCUCUACAGGGAUGUCAUGCAGGAGAAUUAUGAGACGGUGGUCUUUCUGGGGUUUCCAGUUUCCAAACCUGAUGUGAUCUCGCAGUUGGAACGAGGUGAAGAGCCAUGGGUCCCAGACCUCCAGGGCUCUGAGAAAGAAGUGCUCCCGAUACCUGCCUGCACAGGGAGUGACCUAUAUCUGGAUUCCCUCUGUCUCCCAUCAGGUGAUGGGAUGGUGAGUGAGAAUAAGGAUGAGAAACCCCAGCAGAAAUAUGCUGAGCAAGUAGAACCACACAGAAAGUUAUCAGGAAGAUCCAAAGGGAAAGUUUCCGGGAGUUGUGCACUCCCAGUAAAAGCAAAAGCCUGUGGGACUGAGCAGAUGCCAGGGGAAAACUUCAGUAGCCACUCAGACCGUAUUACACGCGACAGAAUCAACUUGGAAGAAACACGCUACACAUGCCAUGAGUGUGGGAAAAGCUUCAAUCGCAGCUCAGACCUUCUCACACAUUGGAGAACCCACACUGGAGAGAAACCGUACACAUGCUCUGAGUGCGGGAAAAGCUUCAAUCGGAGCUCACAGCUUAUCACACAUAGGCGAAUCCACACAGGUGAGAAACCUUAUGAAUGCUCUGAGUGUGGGAAACGCUUCAGUCAGAGCUCAAACCUUAACAUACAUCAGACAAUCCACACAGGUGAGAAACGUUAUGAAUGCUCUGAGUGUGGGAAACACUUGAUUGAUAGUUCAACCCUCAUGUCACAUAAGCAAAUCCACACAGGAGAGACACCCCACACAUGCUCUGAGUGUGGGAAAAGCUUCAAUCGGAGCUCUCACCUUAUCACACAUCGUAGAAUCCACACAGGAGAGACGCCCUACACAUGCUCUGAGUGCGGGAAAAGCUUCAAUCAGAGCUCUACCCUGAGUACACAUAGGAGAAUCCACACAGGUGAGAAACCGUAUGGAUGCUCUGAGUGUGAGAAAAGCUUCAGGCAUAGCUCAGCCCUCAUCUCACAUCAGAGAAUCCACACAGGAGAGACACCCUACACAUGCUCUGAGUGUGGGAAAAGCUUCAGUCACAGCUCUGCCCUAAUCACACAUCAGAGGAUCCACACAGGAGAGAGGCCCUACACAUGCUCUGAGUGCGGGAAAAGCUUCAAUCAGAGGUCUGCCCUGAUCGCACAUCAGAGAAUCCACACAGGAGAGGCACCCUACACAUGCUCUGAGUGCGGGAAAGGCUUUAAUCGGAGCUCUGCCCUUACCACACAUCAGAGAAUCCACACGGGUGAGAAACCUUAUGGAUGCUCUGAGUGUGGAAAACGCUUCAUCGAUAAUUCAGCCCUCAUCUCACAUCAGCGGAUCCACACAGGAGAGACACCCUACACAUGCUCUGAAUGUGGGAAAAGCUUCAAUCAGCGCUCCAACCUUACCACACAUCGGAGAAUGCACACAGGUGAGAAACCUUAUGGAUGCUCUGAGUGUGGGGAACGCUUCAUUCGUCGUUCAGCCCUUAUCUUACAUCAGAGAAUCCACACAGGAAAGACACCUCACACAUGCUCUGAGUGUGGGAAAAGCUUUAGUGGGCACUCAGCCCUUAUCACACAUCGUAGAAUCCACACAGGAGAGAAACUCUACACGUGCUCUGAGUGUGGGAAAAACUUCAAUCAGCGCUCAAACCUUAUCUCACAUAGGAGAAUCCACACAGGCGAUAAACCUUAUGAAUGCUCUGAGUGUGGGAAAUGCUUCAUUCGUCGUUCAGCCCUUAUCUUACAUCAGAGAAUCCACACAGGAGAGAAGCCCUACACAUGCUCUGAGUGCGGGAAAAGCUUCAAUCACAGCUCUGCCCUGAUCACACAUCAGAGAAUGCACACAGGAGAGAGGCCCUACACCUGCUCGGAGUGCGGGAAACGCUUCAAUCAGAGCUCACACCUUAUCAGACACCAGAGAAUUCACACAGGGGAGACGCCCUACACGUGCCCUGAGUGUGGGAAAAGCUUCAAUCAGAGCUCAAACCUUAUCGCACAUAGGAGACUCCACAUGAGUGAGCAACCUUAUGGAUGCUCUGAGUGUGGGAAACGCUUCGUUGAUAAUUCAACCCUCACCUCACAUCAGCAGAUCCACAGAGGAGAGAUGCCCUACACAUGCUCUGAGUGUGGGAAACGCUUCAGUCACAGUGGGAGUCUUGUCAGACAUCAGCGAAUCCACACAGGAGAGACGUCCUUCACAUGCUCUGAGUGUGGGAAAAGCUUCAGUCAGAAUGGGAGUCUGAUCAGACAUCUGAGAAUUCACAUAGGAGAGAUGCCCUUCACAUGUUCUGAGUGUGGGAAAAGCUUCAGUCAGAGUGGAAGCCUUAUCAAACAUCAGAGAAUCCACACAGGGGAGAAACCCUACACAUGUUCUGAGUGCGGGAAAAGCUUCAGUGAUAGCUCAAGCCUUAUUAGACAUCAGAAAAUCCACAUGAGAGAGAACUGUAAUAAAUGCCGUGACUAGGGCUGGCCAAAGAUAUCUUUUAACCUUAUUGUCCCACCACACCAUUCUCCAGCAACCCACCUUGUCCCAGUGACCAGUCAGCUGGACGAUGUUUUAAAUGUGACGAGCUGGGGCAUGUAAAGGCCAACUGCCCCAAGAACUCCAACAGAUUACAGUUCAUUGCACAAGGGUCACACCAAUGGUCCUAGGCCCAGAUGCCUCCCAGAUACCCUCAAAGUGAAGGGAAACUGUGAGUGUGGGCGGGAAGAAGGUUAUUGUGUGGAGGGACACUGGAGCACAGGUGUCAGCUAUCCACUAAUCCUUAGUGGACCCCAAAUUCAUCAACCCAGAGGCCCAAGUGACGAUUCAACCCUUCAAGUCAAACUCUUUUGACUUGCCUACAGCCAAGUUGCCUCUCCAGUACAAUGGCUGGUCAGGAAUGUGGACUUUUGCAGUCCAUGAUGAUUAUCCCAUUCCCAUGCUGCUGGGGGAAGACUUGGCCCACCAUGUGAAGCUAGUCAAGAGGCUAACCCACAGCCAGGCUAAGCAAGCCUUCACACCUAGCUCUGUUUCUGAGCCUUCUACAAGGGCCCAGUCUGUGUUAUCAGAGAUGCAGACUGAGGUGGUGGAACCGGACCCCAUGCCGACGUCAGCGACAGCAGCAGUGGAUCCAGUCGCAGAGACCCAGGCAGAGCCAGGCCCAGAACUGGAACUGGCAGAGCAACCAGUACCAGAACUGUUGCUAGCACUGAAUCCAGCACUUGCAACCCCAUCUGCAACCCCAACACCAGAGGGCCCCACCGAGCCCACCCUGGCAGCAGCCGAUAAACCUAUGCAAGAGGCUCAGCCGGAGUCUGAACCCCAACCUAGUGCACCAGCAGAGAGCGGUUCACAGUCAACAGAAACAGCCCCAUCACCUGCAUUGCUUCCCGAUGGACCAAGCCCAGGUCCACAACCCAGUGAGGAACUGAUGUCUCCAGCAUCAAGGGAACAAUUCCAAACCAAGCAGGAAGCAGAUGAAAGCCUCCAGAGAGCUUGGAUGGUGGCACAGAGCAAUGCGCCACCUUUCAGCUCUCCUAAUUGAUCCCGGUUUGUUGUAGAAAAAGGACUUUUAUACAAGGAAACUCUUUCUGGUGGGCACCAGGGGGACUGGCAUCCUCAGAGACAGUUGGUAGUUCCAACUAAGUACCUGGUAAAGCUUUUGAGCUUAGCACAUGAUCAUCCUACUGGCCAUGCUGGGGUGAACAGGACCAAAGGCCAUUUGGGGAAGUCAUUCUACUGGGACAGAAUGGGCAAGGACGUUUCUACUUAUGUCCGGUCUUGUGAGGUGUGCCGAAGAGUGGGAAAACCCCAAGACCAGGUCAAAACCCGUCUCUAGCCACUCCCCAUCUUUGAGGUUCCCUUUCAGCGAGUAGCUGUGGAUAUUCUGGGUCCUUUUCCAAAAAAGACACCCAGAGGAAAGCAGUACAUAUGGACUUUAAUGGAUUUUGCCACCCAAUGGCCGGAAGCAGUAACUCUAAGCAACACCAGGGCUAAAAGUGUGUGCCUGGCAUUAACAGACAUUUUUGCCAGGGUAGGUUUGCUCUCCAACAUCCUUACAGAUUCGGGAACUAAUUUCCUGGCAGGGACCAUGAAAAGCCUUUGGGAAGCUCAUGGGGUGAAUCACUUGGUUGCCACCCCUUACCACCAUCAAACAAAUGGCCUGAUGGAGAAGUUUAAUGGAACUUUGGAGGCCAUGGUACAUAAAUUCAUAAAUGAGCACUCCAAUGAUUGGGACCUAGUGGUGCAGCAGUUUUUCUUUGCCUACAGAGCUGUACCAUUCUCAGUUUAGGGUUUUCACCAUUUGAAGUUGUGUAUGGCCAUGAGGUUAAGGGGCCAUUAUAGUUGGCAAAGCAGCAAUGGGAGGGGUUUAUGCCUUCUCCAGGAACUAACAUUCUGGACUUUGUAAACAACCUACAAAACACCCUCCGAAUCUCUUUAGCCCUUGCUAGAGAAAACCUAAUAGAUGCUCAGGAAGAGCAAAAAGCCUGGUAUGAUAAACAUGCCAGAGAGCGUUCCUUCAAAGUAGGGGACCAGGUCAUGGCCUUGAAGGUGCUCCAGGCCCAUAAGAUGGAAUCAUCAUGGGAAGGGCCAUUCAUGGUCCAAGAGUGCCUGGGAGCUGUGCACUAUCUCAUAGCACCCCCAAAACCUAAAGCCUAAGGUGUACCAUGUUAAUUCUCUAAAGCCCUUUUAUUCCAGAGAAUUAAAGGUUUGUCAGGUUGCAGCCCAGGGAGGAGAUGACGCUGAGUGGCCUGAAGGUGUCUACUAGGAAGGAAAAAGUGACGGUGGCAUGGAAGAGGUGAACCUCUCCAUGACCCUUGGACAUAUGCACCGACAGCAGAUCAAGGAGCUGUGCACUAGCUUUGCACUGAUGUUCUCAGCCACCCCAGGAUGGACCGAAUGGGCAUACCACUCCAUUGACACAGGUAAUGCUCGCCCAAUUAGAGCCCAACCUUACUGGGUGUCUCCUCAAGCCAAAACUGCUAUAAAAAGGGAGAUCCAGGACAUGCUACAGAUGGGUGAAAUCUGCCCCUCUAACAGUGCAUGGGCAUCUCCAGUCAUUCUAGUUCCAAAACCAGGAGGGGAGAUACGCUUUUGCGUGGACUACCAUAAGCUAAAUGCUGUAAGUUGCCCAGACAACUAUCCAAUGCCAUGCACAGAUGAACUAUUAGAGAAACUGGGACAGGCCCAGUUCAUCUCUACCUUAGACUCCAAGGGAUACUGGCAAGUACCUCUGGAUGAAUCCGCCAAGGAAAGGUCAGGCUUCAUCACCCAUGUAGGGCUGUAUGAAUUUAAUGUGCUUCCUUUUGGGCUGUGAAAUGCAUCCGCCACUUUUCAAAAACUUGUAGAUAGUCUCCUAGCAGGAUUGGGAGAAUCUGCAGUCACCUACCUUGAUGAUGUGGCCAUCUUUUCUGAUUCAUGGGCAGAACACCUGGAGCAUCUGCAAAAAGUCUUUAAGCGCAUAAGGGAGGCAGGACUAACCAUUAAGGCUAAAAAGUGUCAAAUAGGCCUAAACAGAGUGAUUUACCUUGGACACCAGGUGGGUCAAAGAACUGUCAACCCCCUACAGGCCAAUGUGGAUGCUGUCCAAAAGUGGCCUGUCCCAAAGUCAAAGAAACAGGUCCAAUCCUUCUUAGGCUUGGCCGGAUAUUACAGGAGAUUUGUACCGCUCUACAGCCUAAUCGCCGCCCCACUGACAGAUCUAACCAAAAAGAAACAGCCAAAUGCAGUUCAGUGGACUGAAGAGUGUCAGAAGGCCUUUAACCAGCUUUAAGCAACACUCAUGUCUGACCCUGUGCUAAGGGCCCCAGACUUUGACAAACCGUUCCUAGUAACCACAGAUGCAUCCGAGCGUGGUGUAGGAGCAGUUUUAAUGCAGGAAGGACCAGAUCAAGAAUUCCAUCCUGUCAUUUUUCUCAGCAAAAAACUGUCUGAUAGGGGAAGCCAUUGGUCAAUCAGCGAAAAGGAAUGUUACGCCAUUGUGUAAACACGGGAAAAACUACGCCCAUACGUUUGGGGACGGUGUUUCCACCUGCAAACCGACCAUGCUACACUGAAGUGGCUUAAUACCGUCAAGGACAAUAACAAAAAACUUCUUUGGUGGAGUUUAGCUCUCCAAGAUUUUGAUUUUGAAAUACAACACAUUUCAGGAGCUUUUAACAAAGUGGCUGAUGGACUCUCCCAUGAAAGUUUCCCAGAAUCAACUGGUUAAAAUCAUCCUUCAAAUGUGGAAAAUAUUGUAAGUUUUUUUUAUAUAAUCAGUAGUAUAUCUAGAGGUGCAUGUGUCUUAUUAACUCUGUUUUCUCCUAGAGCUCCAGGAAGAAAUCACAGCUAGAGUCGUACAGGCUGUCCAGCACCGUCUGUGAUUUGGGUGGCGCGUCAUAACCAUUCAGCUAAGGGUAGCCUAGAAUUCCUCCUUACCUGUAAGGAGUUAAUAACCUGGUUGGCACCUGACCAAAAGGACCAAUGAGGAAAGAAGAUACUUUCAAAUCUUGGGAGGGGAGGCUCUGUUUUGUGUGUUCUCUUGGGAAGCAGAGAAGCAUCAGGUCAGAAAACUCCUUUUCCUAUAAACCAUCCUAAACGUCUCUCAUAUUAAACAAAAUUGUAAAUAAAAGCCAGGCAAGGCGUGUUAGAUUA